ACAACCGUCCACUCCACAGUCGCAUGGGAAGUUAAGUUGGGCUUGCUCUCGAUCAGCCAGUGAUACGAUCAUCUCUGAUAUGCUCACGCGAUGACUGAACAGCAAUACAAUCGUGCGAUGGAUAGCAAUAAAACAGAACUUGGAGUGAUGCCUGAAAAAUAAUCUCCAGGCUGUGGAAGGGAGGAAAUUUGAUGCCUUUGAGACUUACCAGUAACACUGAAGCAAUGGGUCCAAGGAGAAAGGCCUCUAAACUCCAAACUUUGGGGGCCAGCAGCAGUGGAGGGGGCAUUCCUUUGAGGCCCAUUGAGCCGAAGGACUACAUCAAUGAACUGUCCCAUGAAGUUCUCUGUCAUAUAUUCAGGUACCUUCCAAUGAAGGACAUCAUAUGCAUGGAGUGUCUGUCCAGAAAGCUCAGAGAAGCUGUCACCCUCUACUUACGAGUGAUCAAAGUAGUGGAUCUUUGUGCUGGUCACUGGUGGGAAUAUAUGCCCUCAGGUUUUACAGAUAGCAGCUUCUUGCUCCUUUUGAAAAAGAUGCCUGACUUGGAGCAGCUAUAUGGCCUCCACCCCCGAUACCUCGAGAGGAGACGAGUCCGAGGUUAUGAGGCGUUCAGUAUACCCGGUGUCGUGGAAGCACUACAAGCAUGUCCCAGUCUUCUGGGUGUUGAGACAUCCCACCUUGAACUGGUGGAAGCCAUUUGGAACUACAUGCCACAGGUUCACAUACUUGGGAAGUUCCGCAAUCGUAAUGGGGCGUUCCCAAUUCCUGCUGAGAAUAAGCUAAUCAUCCCCGUUACUGCAAAAAUCCAGACGCUUCACCUUGUGGGUGUAAAUGUCCCAGAGAUCCCUUGUGUGUCCAUGCUGCGCCACCUUUACCUAAAGUGGGUCCGUCUCACCAAACCUCAGCCAUUUAAAGAGUUCCUCUGUGUGAGCCUGAGAUCCUUUGUCAUGCGGAACUGUGCAGGUCCAACCAACUCCCUCAAAUAUGUUCCACUGGUUACUGGUUUAGCUUCAGCCCGAAAUCUCGAGCAGCUGGAGUUGGUGAGAGUUCCCUUCCUUGGAGGGCUCAUCCAACAUGUGGUGGAGGACAGCUGGAGAUCAGGAGGAUUUCGGAACCUUCACACCAUUGUGUUUGGAGCCUGUAAAAAUGCCCUGGAAGUGGACUUGGGUUACCUUGUCAUCACUGCUGCUCGCAGACUUCAUGAGCUACGUAUCCAGCCAUCACUGACUAAAGAUGGAGUGUUCUCAGCUCUCAAGAUGGCUGAACUAGAGUUUCCUCAGUUUGAUACUCUUCAUCUUGGAUACGUGGAUGAGUUCCUGCUCCAAUGUAAGAUGAGUCAUUCACAGCUGGUGAAGUAUGGUCUGGCUGAUGUGGUAGAGAACCCAGGCAUCAUCACUGAUAUUGGCAUAAAAGUGGUGAAUGAGGUGUUCAGUAAUAUAAAAUUCCUGCUUAUCUACAAUUGCCCUCACCUUCAUAACCCUCACCAUUGGAUUACAGAUCAGUCUAGAUGGAGCCGACUUGUUGAUCUCACACUGGUACGCUGUCAUGCUAUCAAACUGGAGUCCUUCUCACAAUUCAUAGAAGCACUGCCCAGUUUAGAGUUCAUAUGUCUGGACCAGAUGUUUCGAGAACCACCUAAGGGCUGUGCCAGAGUGGGCCUGAGUGCAGGAACUGGUAUUGGUGUGUCUUCGGCUCUGGUCAGCAACCAGAACUCUAACAAUGACAACAACAAUAACAACCACCACCACCACCACCACAACAACAACGAGGCCAACCUACCUCCUCCUCCACCUCCUCCGCACCCACCCCCUCCUCCUCCGCCUCCUCCGCCUCCACCACCUCCACCUCUUUACAACAUUCAAAGACAACAGCAGCAGCAGCACAAUGCCCCAUUGGAGGUCAACGGGAUCGAGGAUGAAGAAGAGAACAUGCAGGCAGAGCCAGAAAUCGAGGCGAAAGGAGCUGGAAGGGCAGUGACAGUAGAUCGUGACGAGGUUGCAGGGCCUAGUCGCCCUGCUGGUUCACCACAGCCUCCUGAUGCUGAUGAAGAGCAAGCAGGUCCCAGUGGUUUGGUCCAGCAGAGUAGACCACCUGGUGUUGCCAUUCCCAAACCCUCACUGGUCCUCUCUGACUCAGACAGUGAGGAGGAGGACGAAGGCCUAGUUUCAAGACUAACUCCAGCAGCUUCCUGUUUGCAGCAACCUAUUUCAUGCACAGAAGGUAAAGGGAAGACUCCUCUGCGGCGGACCAAUAACUUACCUGCAUCAGUGAAUCAGGUGAAGCCUCUUGUGUCAGAGGGCAGCUGUGAAAAGAGCUGUCAGGUGACCAGUGAACAGAUCAAGGCGGACAUGAAGGCUGCAUCUGAAAACAGCCGCAGGACUAGCAGUAGAGGAGUUGAUGCGGACUCAGGGGAAACCUCAGCAAGGCCGGGGCCAGACAGCACAGUGCGGGGCCCCAGUGUCAGUAGGGCGGCAGAAAGGUCUGUGACCGAAUGUGCAGGCAUGAUUGAACCUAGGGUGGCCCCUGGACGUGAAAGGGUGGAUACUGGAAGGGGCAGGACUAAUGGGACCACAGAACACCACUAUGGAACACAUAUGGGCGACAGUGGCGUAAGUGAAGCUGGGGUAAGGCAGACCUCCAGUACUGCGAGUGUCGAACAUCUCGAAUCCAGAGGUUCAGCUGAAAGCCUGACUUCAGGACAACUGGCUGGUCAGAGAAAAAGACGAGCACCUGUUGCUCGCUGUUCAAGUUGUACGCAGAAGCGAACUCUGGCCAGUGAUGACAACGCCUCCAUACCGAGAAGACCUUUGACCCGGUCUUGCACUCGUAUGUCCUCUGUACCACUGGUGCCUGAGACGGAUCUUCCAAGAACCAGGCCUCGGGUAGCAACAAGGAGGAGAAGAAUGGCUGACAAAUCAACUAGUACUUCAGACCCAGUAACAGAGGAUGACCACGUACAGGUAUUGUCUCUGAAGAGUAAGAACCUGGUGGGCAUCACUCUGACCAACUGCGGAAUCACCGACUUAGUCAUUAAAGACUGCCCAAAGAUGAUGUUCAUUCACGCUACCAGAUGUCGAGUGUUAAAGCAGCUGCGAGUGGAAAGUGCUCCUAUUGUGAACAGGUUUGACUAUGCACAAUGUAAGAAGCUGAACAUGGAACAGGUCCUGGAUCAGAUUCUGAGAAUGCCUCCCGAGCGCAACCGCAUCAUCUACAUGCGUCCAAUGCACCAGAUUGACUCUGUAGCAUUGGAACGUCAGCUCUUCCAGGGUCCCUAUCCCUAUCACAUCGCUAUAGUUCACGAAUUCAGCAAUCCACCAAAUAUACGCAACAAGGUCCGCAUUCGCAGCUGGAUGGACACCAUAGCCAACAUCAGCCAGGAGUUAAUCAAAUAUGAGUUCUUCCCAGAGGCCACCAGGACAGAAGCGGAUGUGAAGAAGUAUCCUAAAUACCCCUGGGGCCGAGACAUUUAUACGCUUGAGGGACUGUUGGAUGGCGCCCCCUACAGCAUGAUAACAGACUUCCCCUGGCUCAGGACUCUGAGAGCAGCUGAUCCCAACAACUACGCCCGCUAUGACUUUGAGGACGACGAGAGCACCACCAUCUACGCCCCGAGGCGCAAGGGUCAGCUCUCGGCCGACAUCUGCAUGGAGACCAUCGGGGAGGAGAUCUCAGAGCGCCGACAAAGCAAAAGAGGAGUGUUUCAGAGAGUUGUGGUUCUCUUCCUCCAUCACUGUGAUACGCCAGGCGAACCUGUUGAUGACGACUACAUUUAGGACACUCCGUCUUACAUCUGACUGUCAAUUACAGUGUGCCGUCAAUUGUGUCGGCCGGCUGAGUCGGUAGGAUCUGCAGUGCGCACUUGACUUGCAACUGUGGGGCGCUGGCAAAUAAUAUUUUACCUCUAGACGAGCCCUUAGGAAACACAACUCCAAAUAAUGAAACCUUUUGUCUUAUCGCCUUGUUUCCUUUCGCUUUCAUUAAGCAAUUUGGAGUAUUUUGGAUCAAGUUCAUGCUGCAGCCCCCACCCCACCCGUAUCUCAUUUGAGCCUCAGUAUUCUAUUACCCCUAAAAAGAUGUUUACGACUAUAUUUAAGUAUUAAAAUCAUGGCUUCCACGUAUUUGGAUGUAUUAGAUAUGUUUUUUUUUUUUGUUUUUUUUUUAAGCGAUUUAACCAAUGGAAGUUUCAUAAGCUUAGAUGAUUCCUAUCGUCUAUUUGGUCUCUUUACAGAUACAGUUCCAAUCUGAAAUUACAGGUGAAAAUAACCCAGGUGGCCAUUUUUAAUGUGGCUUGACAAGGAUCUAUUAAAAGGUGUAUUACAUGCAUAAGAAAGGGGGGAAAAGUUGUGGACUCCUGCAUAUAAGCGCAUCGCGUUCAUACAGUCAACUAAGUCGUCACAUCAUAACUUGACUGCUGCCUGUCCUGUGCCUCAAUGUUUCUCUAAUCCAAAUGGGUAUAUUUAGAAAUAGUGUUGGCUCAGUUUUUAAUUUGAUUUGUUGUUUUCCCAACCCAAAUUUUUCAAGGUACUUUCAGCACCUUGAUUAUCACUAGCCAGUCGGUGUCAAGUUACAUUCUACUCCAGCUUCGAGAGAUUAUUUUACAUUAAGUUGGCAUGUAACUGGUUCUGCACACUGCUCUAACCAGUCGAACGUGUCAGAUUAUGGGAUAUGUCAGAUAUGGUUUGGAAAAUGGAUGGAUUGUUAGUUUUUGUGGUUAGGGUGGAAGGCCAGGGGGAUGAUAAAGGUGAACAAAUUCAUGAACAAUGAACUGACCGAGUAACAAAAUCCAAACCCACCUGAUUUGUUUUUGUUUUGUUUUCCUCCUCCUUUUGUUAAACAAUUGUACAGAUGUUGUGGAUAGUCAUGUUAUUUCAUGCUGUUUAUAUGUUUAUAAGAAAAGCUAUUUCACAUUAUAAAAAAUAAAAAUCA